UAAUAUAUCUUAACAAUAUUUUGUUUCCUUUUCUAAAAGAUAUCAAAAUUGAAAUAACGAAAUCCUAUUGGUUGGUGAAACUAGAGGUUCACCCUAGGGGGUGAACCCAAGAAUAACUCUUUCUUUAUCUAUGUAGAAGUGAAAGAUACUGACUCCGCUAUAAAGCUAUGCAUCAUGUUUUCAACUUUCGAUUGUUGGAACCAACUUUCAGUUUGUUGUUUUAUUUUAUUAAAAUACAACUGAAUAAUUAAGCAUAAAAUAUAGGAAAAUGGGUUAAAAUAAUUUGUAGAAUAUAGAAAAUAUGUUUUUGUAUGUACUAUCAUAAUACAAUGUAAUAAUAAAUUACAAAAGGAAAAUAUUAGAGAAAAGAUGUGAAAGAAUUUGUUGGUAUAUCAGGUAUGUGUAUAUAGAGGAAACAAAUACAAAAGUUGGCAAAAUACAAAGAUAGUCAAAAGAAAAAAAAACUUAACAAACAGAAACAUUGAACAUAGCGUGCUGAUAAGACCGUCUUUAUUUUUUGGUGCUAUAUAUAUCUAUCUCUUUCUCUCUUCUUCUCCAACACAUCUUACUCUCUCCUAUCAAAAUUUUCUCUUUUUACAAAUUUCACCAGCUGUGCUUAAUCUUUGGCAAACUUUAGUGGUUCCAGGUCAUACCUUUCAAUUUACCUCGAAGCGAUUCUUUUUCCGGAGAAUUCUCUUCUUUUCUGGUGUGGUUACUACCACCAUUUUGGUCAUAACAGUACUAGAUUAGAAGAGAUUUCGGCGAAAAAUGAACCGCUUCGAGGUAGAAAAAGAAAGAUUCAAUGGUUGAUUAAGUGUUUAUUUAGCAUUCAUACAUUAUAGUUAUAGUUUCAUCUGAUUUUCUUCUUAUAAUAUAAUUGCAUAAAAAUGAAGAAUCUUACUUGAUACAAUGGUCGAUUAAGUGUGUAUUUAAAAUUUACACUGUAUUUUUGGAUUGAGUUCCAUAUAUUGAAAACUUUCAGAUAAUGAUGAGAUAUUUUAAAAAUAUAGUAUGAUGGGAAAACGGUCAUUUCAUACCCAACAUAUCGUGAUAUGUUCAAUUCAUAUCCGAUAUAUAUAGUCGUAAUAAAACAUACCCGAACUUUAAAAAAUUUCAAAUAACAUAUCUAACAUUUAUUUUAUUGGCCAAAUCAAACCCUAGUCGCUACAUCAGCUGACACAUCAUCUAAUUUUGAUGAUCUAGAUGCUACGUCAUCUAAUUUUACUGACGAAGAUACCACAUAUACAUGUGGCAUUUUUGUCAAUAAAAUUAGUUAGCGUAACAUCCAAAUCAGCAAAAUUAUAUGAUGUGGUAUGAUAACCAAAGUAUGAUUUGACUAAAAAAAUAAACAUUAGGUAUGUUAUUUGAAUUUUUUUUAAAGUUUAGCACGACCAUAUAAAUCGAGUAUAAAUUGAACAUAUUACAAUAUGUUGGAUAUCAAAUGACCAUUUACCCUAUUAUUGUAUGAGCAAUCUUUCAUCUUUGUUUCGUAUUUCAAAAUCCAUAUAUAUAACUAUUUUACUAACAUUCAAAUAUUAAAAUAGAUUGUACAACCAAUGAAUAUUACAGUAUUUUAUUUUUUGUUUGCAAACUAUCGACGAAGAGGUUAUUUAGUGUUGUUUACUUUAUACUUGGGAUUCAGUUCCCAUAGAAUACAAAUUUUGCAGAACCACAAAAACAUAUUUGAUAAUUAUUUUCAAUAUGAUGUAAAUACCCAUGUUUCUCGUAGCUUUUAAUCCCCCCUCCUGGUGUAAAAAUAUUAAUGAACCCUUAGUCUAGUGGUUUAACCAUAAGUAUUAACCAGUGAGCUUCCAGAAACUUUCUUAAUUUUAAUUUUUUUUAUAUAGUAUUAACCAUAAGAAACAUAAGGGCGUUUAAUUUUCAAAAGCCAUUAAACUUGAAUUUAUGGUAAACCAGGGGGUGUCCGCGCUUCGCGCAGAAUAUUGUUUGAUCUUGAGCCGUCAUCAUCUAUGUAUUUUGUUUACUUUUCUAGUGUGCAGUGCUUCUCACCAUCAAUGGAAAAAAAAACUCACCUAUGUGUAGAGCUGGAAAUUUGAAUCAUUCCCCGCGGGCCCCGCCUCGUUUGACCCACCGCGGGGCGGGUGCGGGUUGAACCAUUUGAAAUUUUUAAAUCGCGGGUGCGGGUUCGGGGCGAGAUUAUAUUGAGCGGGACGGGUGUGGGUCAGCCAAUAUUAUCUGGUAUUUAUUAUAGAUCAAACAUAUUAGUUCCAUGUUGUGCAGUUGUUUCUUACGGUGUUGUAUGUUAUUUCGGUCAAUAUUAAUCCUCUUUUUCCUUAGAUUUUGGCUAAGGUAAUUAUAAAACUGCAUUCUCAUUGGGUUGAGUCAGAGUUUAGUUGUCAUUGAUGUUGUUUUCCUCGUCGUUGGUUUGCCGUCGAUAGUCUCUGCUCGUCUUGGUUUUUAAAAUCUGGUUUUUGGUGAUCUUACUUCUAUGCUUUUUUUCAUAGCUCGAUGAUGGCUCCACGGUUUAUUGAUUUCAUUUUGUCUAUUUUUAUCUCUUUUUUUCUCUCAUCUCGUUGCACCUUUCAUCGCUGAUCACGUCUUUGGUGGCUCUCCCUUUUGCCAUAUUUGCUACUCCAGGUUUAGAUAGUGUUUUUCUCUAUAUAUGCUUUGUGCACUUAGAAGGUUAUUUAUGUUCUCAAGCUUAAGCUUUAGUUUCUCGGUGGUUGGCUUCCAUUCUCUCCCGCUCAGAUUAUUUAUCUUCUUCUCAUGUAUCUCUUGGUGUAGGUGUGAUGAGUUAGUCUUUUGGAGCUUUGGUUUCUUCUAUUCAGAGUUUUGUGGUUCUUCGCUGGCAUGGACGCUUUGUAUGUGCUUGUUUAGUUUGUGAAGUGUUCCUUAUCUUUUAGCUGGUGGUUGUGCUUCCGGUGCUUUAGACAUGCGUCUUUUUGUUUCGUGGUGACUUUGUUCUUCUGAUAAUUAUUAUUUCUCUGAUCCGCUUUUUUGGCUUUUUGCGCUGGUGCUUGAUCAUGAUCCUUUGUGUUCCGGAGAUUGAUUUGUCUCAUAUUUUAUCUUUUUUACCUUUUUGUGACAUCUGCUUAUUUUAGCCAAGACAUUCUAUGGUAAGAUGAGAUAUGUUAUCUUUUUUGUUGACUUUUUUUCAGCUUCAAACAUUUAUUGAGUUAGUUUUAAUAUGGUAUUUUGCUCUCUUUUUAAAUGACCGUGGAAGUUUUAUGUUUAGAUUAUAUAUUGCAUUCUAAUUUCUUCUUAUUAGUUUGGUCAUUUUAUAUUUUUAAUAGUUAAAUAAAUAUAUAAUUUGUAAAUUAAAUAAUAGAAAAUGGUAAAAAGUAAUAAAAUAACAAAAGUUUAUGUUAUUUUUAGUUGUGGAUAAUUUAAAUAUGUAAAAUAAAUUUCUAUUUUUUUAUUCAUCUUGAAUUUUUGUGAACAAUAAAAUAGAUUAUCAAACUUCAUACGAUAACAAUUAGUGCGAAAAAAUUAGAUAGUGCAUCAUUAGAAAAUACUUGGCAAAAUUGCAAUAAUCUAAAGAAGAAUGACCUAAAAUGUAAAAAAAAAAUAUGGAUAACACGUGUUGAAAACCCCUCAUGUCACUUAUGAGAAGAAGGAAAAAAGCCAACUAUAUAUAUAUAUAUAGAUGAACAACAAUAAGGUUUUCCAUUUUUAGGAAAUUUCCUAGUUAAUCAAUUUCUGAAAGUUUUUUUUCUUUUUUUUGCUAAAAAGUUUUCUGAAAGUUUCCUUCAAUAAAAGGAAAUUACGUUUGUGAGAAGUUAACCAAUCUCCACCGUUGUAGUAAUCCCAAAAAUCUGUAGAAAAUAGAAAUUGAGAUUUUCUCCCACUUGAAUCGUUCACAAACUAAGAAACAAUUAUCUCGGUCAACCAAUCUCUUCUUUAUUUUUCGUUGGUUUUCAAAAUCGGACCGUUACGGAAAAGAACUCAGAGAAGUCGUUACCGCAUGAAGAGCAUCACAGUUUAAAAAGUGUUUACACAUAUCUUUCUCUUUUAUCUGGUUUUAGGCUUCUUUACUUUUCUAGGGUUUAGGGUUCAAGUUUCGAAAAUAACAGUAUGUUUCCAUUACCAAACAUGGAAGAACCUGCCGCUAAAAAGAAGAGAUCAUCAGCGUUAUUGCCAGACUGGUCUCAGCUCCCUAAAGAGCUACUUGAGAUUAUCACCGACAAUGUGAACUGUUUCGAUAUUGUUCAUGCUCGCUCUGUUUGCACCUCGUGGCGAUCCACGUUUCCCUUUCCAUCUUGCCUUUUACGCUCCAGUUACUCUCUUCCCACUUUCGAUAAGCUCUCUCUCGAGACAAACGAAGAAGGCUCGUACAUCCUCGGGAAGAUCCCUUAUUUCCUCUUCAGAGUCCCAGCUCUUACUGCUGAGUCGCCUUCCGAGUAUUUCUUUGGAGGGAUAGGACGAGAUGAGUCAGAGGAGCUUCCAUGUUCUAUUCAGUGCUCAGUGAAGGUGAAGAUUCAAGGAUCUGACCCAACCUUCAUGAAGAUGAAUGAUUGCCAGAUCUUUCCUCUAGGCCAUCAGUACAGAAUGUUUGGUUGGGAACUUAAAGAUUACAGAGGUGUUGCGUUUCUUCCGCUCUACAAGGAAGGACGUGGAGGAGAAUUCGUUGUGCUUCUCAACUACUAUUAUGGAAAGCUAAUGGUGUUAACAAGUGUGGAAAUGAAGUGGAAACGGUUUGAGAAACUCUCAGAGACUUUAUGCUCGAAUGUGGUCACUUUCAGAGGUCGAUUUUACGUAUCUUUUCUUAGCAGAAGAACCGUUGUUGGUAUCGACCCUCAUUCGCUGGAGGUGACUGACCUGAUGCCCUUACCACAAAGUGGUUUAAACUUUCUGGUUCCAUCUGGCGACGAUGAGCUUUUCCUGGUUGAGGUAAUGGUACCGUCUGGGGACUUCGAUUUUAACCGGUUCACAUGUAACGUUAGCAGGCUAGAUGAGGAGGCUGGUAAAUGGGUCAAGGUCAGUGAUUUGGGAGACCGUGUUUUGGUUAUUGCACGCUUGGGAAAUGUCUCAUUCUCGGCUAAAGAGCUUCCUGAUGGGUGUGGUGUGAGUGGGAACUCAAUUGUGUUCACCAAUUGGCCACAAGAUGUAACAUUAUUCUAUAAAUAUGGACCAUACAAAGGAAGUGCGGAAGAGCUUCCUGAUGGGUAUGGUGUGAAUGGGAACAUCAAGACUGUUUGGAGAACCUCAAGAGAGAAUAGUGGGGUGAUCCUCAACACAUUUCCGGUUGUGGCUCUCCGGGUUGAGCGCUGAACUUGCUUUGGUUACCUAAGACAUUCUCUUGCUUUUGUUUUUUUUUUCAUAUCUUAAACAAACUUAUCUUUGAGUUUAGGUUUAGGUUAUGUGAUCUCUGAUGUUAGCCAUUCUUCUGGAUUGUGUAUCUUGUGACAUGGUGAUAUGGUUAAGAUAACACAAGUCGUCUUAAUAAAAAAAAGAUGUUUCAAAACUAUUCCUCACAACCUUGUUGUUACCACACAGACAGCUUUGUUUAUGGAAAUAAUUAAUCGUCUCAUGAAGUCUUUCAAACGUGUCUGGCAGUGUUCUUGGCCUGGUCAUGUGUUUGAAAAACAUCAGUUUUAGUCCCAAAUCGUAUGAAAACCUUGAACUCCAUGUACUCGAUCAGCAGCAGAUGCACAAUGGUGGAUUGUUUGGACUUCCGAGCCACCUUCAUGGCUACAACAAACAUGUAAUAAUUUACAUUGCAUUAUCGUAAGAUGUGUCAUGUCUAUCUCUUGAUUUAUGCCUUGGACUUGGAGACUAAAGUUAAGCACACAAAACUAAAGU